UGAGGCGCUUGUAGGUUCCGCUGUGAUUAUGAACCCACAUCAGCGAGUGACCAAAUUGAGAUAAAGCUCUCACACUGGAUACGAAGCUUCCAUUUCUGUCUCCUUGAGGUUAGGGCUUUUAUCACACCCCACUGACGCUCGACGGCCGUCUUUUCUCCAAAUUGUGGCAUAAUGUGUGACCAAGUCUCCCCUGCCUAAUCGGUUACCCUAAGCAAUCACAUGAUCUGAGUUUGGCUUGUGGAAAAUGACUGAAACUAGGUCAUGAUGAUUCUACAAUCUGCUUGCAACUGCACAAUUCACUUCAGUCGUAUCCCYUCAUGAGUAGGAUGAAGCAAAGAGAACAACCCAAAGUCCCUUGCCAAAUGGAAAUGGAGGUUGAUAGAAUCAGCAACUUACCAGGGCAUAUUGUCGACAAAMUUUUGUCCCUUUUAACACUAAGGGAUGCAGUAAGGACUAGCAUAUUGUCAAGUAAGUGGAGAUACAAGUGGCUGAACCUUACAAGUCUUGUGUUUGAUAAUCAAUCUGUGCUAGUAUCUUCCCAAGACCCAACAAUCAUUAAAAAUAAGAUGGUUAAGAUUGUUGAUCAUGUCCUCUUACUUCAUAACGGUCUGAUUMACAAGUUCAAGCUUUCUCACCGAGACCUCCAAGGUGUUUGUGACAUCGAUCGAUGGAUUCUCUUUCUUUCACGAGGGUCUGUUAAAGAAUUUAUCCUUGAGAUAUGGAAGGGUCAACGCUACAAGCUACCUUCUUCGUUGUAUUUGUGCGACAAGUUAUCUCAUUUAGAGCUAUUUAACUGUUUGUUAAAACCUCCUUCAGCUUUCAAUGGAUUUAAGAUCUUAACCAGCCUUGAUCUUCAACACAUUACAAUGGACCAAGAUGUUUUUGAGGAUCUGAUAUACAGGUGCCCAUUACUCGAGAGGUUAACAUUGAUGAACUUUGAGGGAUUUGCCCAUCUCAAGAUUCAUGCUCCAAAACUUACUUUCUUCGACAUUGGAGGUGUCUUUGAAGAUGUCAAUUUCGAGAACACCUUCCAUCUCUCUACUGUUUCCAUUGGGUUGUAUGUCAAUGUUGGCAAUGAUCACGAGCCUACUAUUGGAACUACGAGMAAGUUGAUCAAGUUUUUUGCUUCUUUGCCAAGUAUUCAAAGACUCGAGGUUCAAAGUUUCUUUUUAAAGUUUCUAGCAGUUGAUAUGGUGCCAAGGAGGUUGCCUACUCCGUGUAUGGAACUGAAUUAUCUGUCACUACGUGUAAAUUUCAAUGACAUGGACGAGUGUCUGGCWGCUCUUUGCAUUCUUAGGAGUUCACCCAACCUUCUGGAGCUAGAAAUGUUGGCACGACCAGACGAACAGCCUGGUCCAAGAGCAGUUACGAAGAACUUGAUGGAAGAAGACUACCAGAAUUGCUUUUUUAACCAGCUACGGUUUGUGAAAAUUGCUGGGAUUUUUGGGGUUCCGAGAGAGCUGAAUUUUAUCAACUUUUUGCUUGGGAAUUCGCCAAUACUGGAGAGGAUGACUGUUAAGCCUGCUUCUCAAGAGGGUGGGUGGGAGUUGAUGAAAGAAUUGCURCGGUUCAGACGAGCUUCUGUACAUGCCGAAAUCAUUUAUCUGGAUCCAUAAUUCAUCAAAGUACAGCGCUGUUUGAUGCUUCUUAAUUGUAUUAUAAGUAUGUUGGGUGAAACAACCAGUUUGUGUAGUCCUUUUAACCUAAAGGGUUUGGCAGAGAACAGGUGUGGCUCUGAAAGAUGCUGAUGGAAUGACUCAUGGGGUCUUUUAUAUGCUAAACAACACUGAGCUCUGAUUCUAAUAAUAAUCAGCUUUAAAAAUAA